AUGGUGACGAGACAUCGUACCAACACCUCCAUAUCGGCGCAGAGUACCCAGCGACCCGACUCCCGAGCAUCCACCACAAGUGCGACCUCACAGCAUGACGAUGCGAAGCAACAAAUGCAUCCCAGCCAUGGCUCCUUCAUGAACGGCAACCCCGAAGCAGCAUUACUGCAAUACCAUGCGACCAUGGAGCCGCAACAGAUGCCGCUAUAUGACAUUUCGCAACAUCAACAUCACCAUGGCCAUCCUCAGGCUGGCUCGUUCCAGGCGCCGCUGGGCUAUCCUAUUCAAGAUCCCGCCUACAUGCCGCCGCAGGAUGUACAAUACAAUAGUCAACCUCGAAACGGCUCUGUGCCUAUACAGUCAGGGACGGAGGGACACGACGACAAGCGCAGGAAAGGGUCGGCUGUCACUGCCACCAACGACCGGGAACUUCGAGAGAUGCUGUCGCGCAAUGAAGGUCGGCCACUGAAGGAUGUUGCUCAAGAGGUCAUCCAAAAAGAGAGGACGCCGAUGGCAGAGAAGACCAAGCAGUUGUUUGCGAUGCUAUGGCUGCGUGCUGUGUGCAAGCCAGCAAAGACGUCCGUCCCACGCAACAGAGUCUACUCUCAAUACGCGACUCGCUGCGGCACCGAGAGAGUCGUGCCACUCAACCCGGCGUCGUUCGGGAAGCUUGUCAGAGUCAUCUUCCCUGGUAUUCAGACGAGAAGACUCGGGGUGCGUGGUGAAAGCAAGUAUCACUACGUGGAUCUGGCUCUCGACGAGGCGGCAGCUGAUGGUACCAUCCCCUACGGCAAUGAAUACUACACGGAGAGUCGGCCACGAUCGCAAGCCACGAACGCACCACAGCUUGAUUUCAACAACAUUCCACACAUGCGCCCAGACACUGCGGCAUUCCCGACCGCAGACGCAAGCUUCGACUACCCUCCACGACCGCCAACACCACGGAGAGUAGCAUCACACGGCCAAGCUUUCGCAUAUCCAGAUGCACGGGGUAUGCAUCCCGGCACCGCAGAGUCGAUGACCUACCCGCACACAUUGCGCUUCCCAUCAAGCAACCUGCCAGUCUUUACCGAGAACGAGUCUAUCACUUUACCCGACGUACGCCCAUAUCUGCCUCCGAAGACAGACCUCGACACAGCCGAUGCACUCUUCGCGCUGUAUCGGACGCAUUGCACAUCCCUCAUCGACAGCAUCCGCUUUUGCAAAGAAAAGCAGUUCUUCCGUCUUUACACCUCUUUCCAUGGCACGCUCACUGUGCCUGUACAGAAGCUUUUUACUCAUCCUAACCUCAGCCCCUGGAUCGAACAGUGCGACCUCGUCAUGUACCGUACGAUGGUCCGGUUCGUCUCCCGGCUCACUCUGCAAGCCGCGCCGGUCAUCGUCAUCAACAUCCUCUCAAACAUCUCAGCGAACCUGCACGCCCACAUCUCGAAGACAUUCGCUUCGCAGCCUCCGCACGUCCUGGACGCGAAACUCCGACCAGCCACAGUCUUCGCUGGCUUGUUGUACCGGUUAAUACGAGUCAAUCAGUCUGCCCACGCCGCCGCAAACCUCCUCACGAUCGACCAAAAUCGCGAACAGAUGUGGCGCGAAUGGAGUUCUAUGGUGAAUCCAAAACGCGUCAUGGAAGCCGAGCUGCCAGCCUGCGGCUUCGAAGAGGUCUACCAGCUCCUGACAUCUGAAAUGCGCAACCUCCUCGAACCGCUCCAAGCUCCUCACUACAACGACGAUCCUUAUAGCUUUCAGCUCAACUUCGACGAGAACGGAUCGUUCGCGAACUACCUGCAAUCGCACAACAUGCAGCAACCCGGCUCUCGCAAUGGUGCUUCGGCGGUCUCGACGGAGAAUGUGCUGGAUCGUUGGUCUGCCUUCAUCACUUCACUACCUGCUCGGUUUCCUAACGCCUCAGCGCGCACGCUGCUGCAUUGUGUCUCCGUGAUCGGUACGGCUGCACUGCGGGAUAUCACCAUCAUGAACGGCGCGAGCUAUGGGCAUUGGUGGGUUCUGAAGAUCUUCGUGGAUGAGAUGGCGCUCUGGCUCGCGGAAAUGGGCGGCUUCCUGGACCCUGCUGUCGACGAGAUGGUACCUACACCCAACGGCAGCGGAUCGAUGUACCACAGUCCCAUCCUCCACGAAGGCAGCGAAAUGCACAGCCAAAACGGCAACACCAACGGCGGCAGUCGCGGCGCGAGUAUGGGCGCUGAAGCCCACCACGCCAUGCAACACAACCACAACGGCGGCAUGCCACACCACGCCCCCGACAGUGGUAUGAUGACGUACGGCUACCCUCAGCAAUACCACCAGCACCCCCAAGGCAUCAGCCUCCCGUUCGCGCCAGCUCCGCAUUUGCAACAGCAUAAGCCGCAUGGUGGGCAUGAGAUGGCGGGUGGUGGUGGAGAUAUUGACGAUUCGGGCAUUGGGAUGGAACUCAUGGUUUAG